GCUUGCGAGCUCCGCUGAGGAGCCGGAGCUUGGGCCAGUGUUACAACCGCGACCGCUCUUGGUCCCUGGCCCGACAGCGGCAUGGCGUGCGGGGCGACGUUGAAGCGGCCCAUGGAGUUCGAGGCGGCGCUGCUGAGCCCGGGUUCCCCGAAGCCGCGGCGCUGCGCCCCUCGGCCCGGCCCCACUCCGGGCCUCAGGCCCCCGGACGCCGAGCCGCCGCGGCUCCAGAUGCAGACCCCACCGCCGACGCUGCCGCAGCCCGCCCCUCCCGGCAGCGAGCGACGCCUUCCAACUCCGGAGCAAAUUUUUCAGAACAUGAAACAAGAAUAUAGUCGUUAUCAGAGGUGGAGACAUUUAGAAGCUGUUCUUAAUCAGCAUGAAGCCUGUCCUUCGGAAAGUCAGUCUCACUCCUCAGCGCUCACAGCACCUAGUUCUCCAGGUUCCUCCUGGAGGAAGAAGGACCAGCCCACCUUUACUCUCCGACAAGUUGGAAUAAUAUGUGGGCGUCUCUCAAAAGACUAUGAAGAUAAAAUUCGGGAGGAGUAUGAGCAAAUCCUCAAUACCAAACUAGCAGAACAUAUGAAUCUUUUGUGAAAUUCACACAUGAUCAGAUUAUGCGACGAUAUGGGACAAGGCCCACAGGCUGUGUCCUGAAGCUUUCUUGCAUAUCUGGGUACCAGGUUUGACCUCAAGAGAUGGCUG